AUGAUCUUGCUGCUCUUGAGCGUGCUGGUGGUGCCCUGUGCUGGGGGUCACACUCUGGACACCCCACACUUUCCACAGGAGCUGCCUCCAGAACUCUCAAAAAACAUCAAUAUCACAUUCUUCAAUGGGAUGUUUAAAAAUGGGGAAAAUGUAGCCGAAAUUUUUGACUGUCUGGGCGCCCACUUCACCUGGCUGCAGGCCGUCUUCACCAACUUCCCCAUGCUGCUCCACUUUGUGAAUGGUAUGAAGUGCGUGGCUGGUAUCUGCCCCCGGGACUUUGAAGACUAUGGCUGCGCCUGCAGGUUCGAGAUGGAAGGACUGCCCGUGGAUGAACCUGACAGCUGUUGCUUCCAGCACCGCAGGUGCUACGAGGAGGCCGCUGACAUGGACUGUCUACAGGACCCUGCCAAGCUCAGCACAGGCGUCGACUGUGUCAACAAGAAGAUCACAUGCGAGUCUAAGGAUCCUUGUGAGCACCUGCUGUGCACCUGUGACAAGGCGGCCAUCGAGUGUUUGGCUCCGACCAGCAUCAACUCUUCCCUGAACCUUCUGGACAGCUCCUUCUGCCUGACUCAGGCUCCAGAGGCAACCAGCAGGGAAGAGCUGAUGACACUUCUGCCAAGAGUGGUUCCUGGGGAGCCCACAGAAACCAGCCUGACAGCCCUCUCAGGAGAAGUGGCUACAGAGACCAAGGCUGAUGGACUGACCAGUCCCUCCAGGACAAAAUUAGGCCAAGAUGAGGAAGGGGCGGAAGCUGCCAGGACCACGGCCCCUCCAGGAUCUGCAGAGAUUGUUGCCACAGCUAAAGGGGUAACCCUUGUCCCUGUUGGUGUUAAAUCUUUGGGGCCGGUGGUGUCAUCUGCUCAAAGUGGCCCUGAGGAGACAGCUGGAAAAGCCUGUGACAGAUUCACCUUCCUGCGCCUGGGAAGUGGGGACAACAUGCAGGUGAUGCCUCAGCUUGGAGAGAUGCUCUUUUGUCUCACGUCCCGGUGCCCCGAGGAGUUUGAAUCUUAUGGCUGUUACUGUGGACAGGAAGGAAGAGGUGAGCCAAGGGAUGCCCUGGACAGGUGCUGCGUGUCUCAUCACUGCUGCCUGGAGCAAGUGAGGAGGCUGGGCUGCCUGCUGGAGAGGCUACCUCGCUCGCCGGUGGUGUGUGUGGACCGCGUACCCAAAUGUGGAGGGCAGAGCCUGUGCCAGAAGCUGCUCUGUACCUGUGACCAGACAGCAGCCGAGUGCAUGGCCUCUGCCUCCUUCAAUCAAAGCCUCAAGUCCCCGGGUGGACAGGAAUGCCCUGGGGGGCCAGUGGCCUGUGAGGACGGCCUGCGUCCGGGGUCCUCGGCGCCUUCCCUGGGCUCCAGCUCGGAGGAGAACAGUGAGGAGGCCCCGCCCCGUGCAGAGGGCCACAGGAGAGCCAGAAGGUUCCUACGGAAGUCAUUCAGUUCUCUGGGGAUCAAGCCCCUCCGUGGAAGACAGACUCCCAAGGCCAAUGGCAAGCACACCUAG